AUGAUUAGAGGGCAGAUGAGUGGGAUAAUGUUAAAGCUAAUAGUUCUGCACAAAUGCAUGUUCUCCUGUUUCCCCCACCCAGUAAAACCACACAUAUACUACAAAACGUUAGUGUUUAGUGUGGCCUGAGAAACUUCUGACUGUAUAGAACUGAAACUAGGUUUGGGACGUAAAUCAGCCACCAGCAUAAGACUUGAUUACAUGAGUUGGAUGGAGCAGUUCAAAUAUAUAUUGAGCUGACUAUUAGGUGGGACAGUUCUCUAAGCAUAAGCAAAAUAAUUCAUCUUGGGCAUCCUUAAAACUGUUGCAGUAUGGCAGAUGUUAAGCAUGUUUUGAUUUGUUCCAGUAGCCGGAUCGAGCUGGGAGAUGUGACGCCACACAACAUUAAGCAGCUGAAGAGGCUAAACCAGGUCAUUUUCCCUGUCAGCUACAAUGACAAGUUCUACAAGGAUGUACUGGAGGUUGGCGAACUUGCCAAACUAGCCUAUUUCAAUGAUAUUGCAGUGGGAGCAGUGUGCUGUAGGGUGGAUCACUCCCAGAAUCAGAAGAGACUGUACAUUAUGACACUUGGAUGCCUGGCACCCUACCGAAGGCUAGGAAUAGGAACUAAAAUGCUGAAUCAUGUCUUAAACAUCUGUGAAAAAGACGGCACUUUUGACAACAUCUAUCUGCAUGUCCAGAUCAGCAACGAAUCUGCAAUUGACUUCUACAGAAAGUUUGGCUUUGAGAUCAUUGAGACGAAGAAGAACUAUUACAAGAGGAUAGAGCCUGCAGAUGCUCACGUGCUGCAGAAAAACCUCAAAGCCCCUUGUCUUGGCCAGAAUGCAGAUGUGCAAAAGACCGACAACUGAGCAAAACCCCAGUGGACACUUUCUUGCACUUGCUUGUCGCCAAAUAAGGAAAGAGAGGCCUUUUUUUUUUUUUUUUGAUUGGUGGGUGUUUUGUUUUGUUUUAUUUUGUUUUGUUUUUUUACUCCACCCCUUCCCCUUAAUUUUUUUUCUUGACCUCUCUCCAACAAAAUGUAAUGCUUCUUCCAAGGAUUGUCCAGUCACGUUUGGGGUUGGGUUUUGAUUUUUUUUUUUUGUUUUUUUUUUAGCUCUCA